AUGGAGAAGGAGAUUGACGAUCUAUUUCUCAGUGCAGAUGAUGAGAAGGUUGAUCAGAAUAAAAUAAACACCUUGGAAAGAUGCAUGGAGGAGAUUCCAAAGAUAUAUCCGAAUCUCGAGCAGGUCUGGACGAAGUGCAAGGAGAUUGACUUGAGCCUGUCUUUGUACACGAUCAAGCUAGAGUCGCUAGCAAAGGAGAUGAAGGACAUAGAAAAGGAAAACACAAAGCUGGAAAAUGAGAUUCGGUAUCAGACGUCGAUAUACGAGCACCUGAAGGAGCUUCUGAUCAACGUUGAGAUCAAAGAAGACCACUUCAUAGCACUGGAGAGCGAGUCGUUUGACAGCAUUGACGGGGUUUGCAAGAUUGAGAAGGCUUUAGAGGUACUUGGCAGCUUUAGUGUUGACGAGUACGACAUCAGGAUAGUGAGGGAGAAGAAGGAGAGGAUCAACGAUGCACUAAGAGGGUUCUACAAGAGGUUUAUAACAUACAUGGGAAGCUUUAUGGUUGGGAGCGAGAGUAGCGGAGAGCUGAAGGUUCACAAGGGUUUGUAUGGGGCGAUCAAGAGAUUCAAGAAGAUAAUUCAGCAUGCGAAGAGAUAUAGAGACUACUAUGUUGUGAUAUGCUCUAUAUAUGUGGCGCGGUCGAAGAAGCUGUAUGAAAGGGAGUUUGGGUUUCAUCUGAAGACUGUUCUUCGGCUGCUGAAGGAGAGCGUGACGCAGGAUAAGGUGGACAGUGUGUUUGGAUCUCUUUUUGAGUCGUAUCGAAGCAUAGUGAAGUGUGAGGACAGGUUUCUCAAGAGUAUGGAGAUUGAGGGGACGUGCCAGGAGAUUUUUCGAAAUAUCGGGCUUUUGAUUACGGAGUUUGUUGAAGAUGUGUAUGACAUUGCAGAUGUGGAGACACUGAAUGGGCUGGGAAAGAGCUGGAAGGAAGCAGGCCCGGACGAGGAUGUGUAUGGCACCUUUCAGAAGGAUCUUAGGGAUGUGUAUGAAAGAUUGGAGGGCGAUUAUCUGAAGAAGAAGAUGGGGAGGAAGGAGAAUGGAGUUGGAAAGCUUGAAGAAGUCCUGAGCAAGUCAAGUAACGAGGAGUUGAAGAGGAGGGCUGUGAUUCUAGGGGCGCAAAGGAUUAUGGAAGAAGAGGACCGGGAAGACCUAAAGAGAAUCAUAGGAAGAUGGAGACAGCUUGACCGUAUGCAGAAGAUGUGCAGUGAAAAGGUUUGUGAAGUUGAGGAUGCAGAAAAGAGGGUUGGGUCUGAGUUUGAGAAGAGUUGCAUUGACGCAAUACUUGGAAAUGGAAAUGUGGUGGAGAAUGUAAGGGGAGUAUUGUCUCUUGUUGAAGGGGAAGAGGACUUCAAGGAUAAAGUCAUCAAGAAGAUAAGAGAAAUGAUUUCAAACAAUGUGGAAGAAAAGGAGAUAGAGGAAAUAGACAAACUAUUAAGGAAGGCGAUGCGAUCUUAG